CUGGGUACGGAAUUAUCAUCUCAAAGUGUACGAAUGGCAAAAUUUGAUCAUGAGUUUCUAACCGACUGAACUCACGUUCCACAGCCCUUUAGGGUUUCCUUGCCCCAUCCCUGUUUACACAGAAGCAUUCAAUCAUUCUUUGUCCUGACGCUUCGUUUUGGUCGAGCUCUUUGUUCAAGUGUUGGGGGUUUCCCUUUCACAUGUCAGAAGGAUCAAAGCGUGUGGUUGCUUCUGCUGAACACAAUAAAGUAGGACCAAAUUACUUUGGUUUCUAUGUGCGUGAAGUAGCAGAGUUACUCUCGCAAGAUAAGGAUUUUCUACCUUGCUCUUCCCAAGCCUCUGAAUUAUCUGCAAGAACAGGUGGAGAAGUUAGGGAUGGGGAUAAAAUAAAGCAUGGUUGUGAUGGUAAAGAGGCCAAGAGCUCUUCUAGUUCUGGUUCUUUGUUUAGUAAUGGCAUUGGAGCUGGGAUUUCAGAUUUUAAAAAUGAGAGAUUGAAAGCAUUGCUCAGGCAGAGUGUGACUUCUCUGACACAGGAAGUUGAUGAGAUGCUCGAUCCUGUUCUAGCUAUACGUCAGAUACAAGCACAUUUAAGAUACAAAAAGCAUCAAUCCCGUAAUUCGAAUGGUGAAUCUGAUGGUUGUGCAGGGCAAUUUCCCUGUAAGAAGCGUAAGAUGUCCUCUCCAAAUGCUAGUCAUAUCAGUUGUGGAUCUAGUAGAGAGGGUUCAGCAUUUGAGUGCGUGGAUGGGGCUUCUUCGGAAAAAAGAAAAUCCAAUAUUGUCAAAAGCUGUGCUCAUUGCCACACUACAGAGACCUUGAGGUGGCGAACUGGUCCAGAGGGGCAUAAGUCUCUAUGUGAUGCUUGUGGAAUCAGACUUGAAAAGCAAAGGGAGCCUCUUUUUUGUUCAAAUACAGGAGCUGAGAAAGAAAAUGGAGAAGUGAAUGACGAUCUGAAGAUCCUUCUAGAGAAUGAUUGCUCACUGGUUGAGGAGAGAGUGAAGAAAUAUUCGGAUGAACUAUCUGGAACACUAGGGCUUAUGGAGCAGCAACUUGAAGAACUUCUGGACACUGUAAUGUGCCAGUGCAGGCCAAUGACCCGCCGUGAGAAGCAACAGCUUCAAAAAAUGAUUCAGAAGCUACCUCCAAAAAAUCUUGAACGUGCUGUGGAAAUUAUCCAGCGUGGUAAGCCACCAGAAAUACACUCUGAUGAAAUCCAUGUCAAUCUGGAAAAAGAAGAUAAUGCAACAUUGUGGAGAUUGUAUUACUACGUUGAAGCAGUUGAAAAGGCUAGGAAGCUUUCAAGGUAGCUCCACUGAAUUAAUCUGUAUCAGGGCGAGAGGGGGCUUUCCCUUGCUGAACUCUGAAGUGCGUAGCCUCAACUUAAUUUUCUGAAGAUUGAUUACAGAAGAGAUGAUGGGAGCCUCUCACACCAAUUUUCAGUACUUGAGUAAAUUUACAAAAUUACAUGCAAAUCGACCUGGUAAAAAUGAUACUAAGAGAACCAAGGGCAAAAGGUUCAAGCAUACCCCAUUUUCUCAAGGAAUUGGGAUAUAAGGUUCUGCAGCAUGUAGGUAGGUCUCGGCAGUUGAACUCUUCAUUUCCCCUUUGUUCAUGAUGUCUAGUACUUCAGAUAUUCAUACUGUAAAUUUUUAAACUCAAAGACACAGGCGUUUUCACGUUCAAGUUCAGGCAUUGGUUAGCUAAACAUUUAAUGUAGGUGUGGCAUGCAAUUCUCUAGGGUUGCGGAAUGAGUUAAACAAUGUAUAGCGUGGGCGAGAUUUCAUGUAACUUUCAUACUAGAAAUUAAUCGCUGAAGUGGAUUUCUAACUAAUGUUUCUUUUUCUUUUCUAA